AAGCGAAGAACCUGCUAAUGAGCUAGCCUAGCCGCAGCCUCUAUUUUAGGGAAAUAUGGCUGCUGUGCUCCCCGUCAGACCGCCCUGCGACAGUAACCCCGCCACUCCUGGAGCACAAUCCUUAAAGGAGGAUGUUAUAGAAGAGGAGUCCAACGAUGGCAGCCAGCCUCCCAAAAGAAGGAGAAUGGGUUCAGGGGACAGCUCCCGGAGCUUUGACACAUCCAGUCAGGAUCUUCUUGGCCUGACAUAUUUCCCAGCAGAGAACCUGACAGAGUACAAGUGGCCUCCAGAUGACACAGGAGAGUACUACAUGCUGCAGGAGCAGGUCAGCGAGUAUUUGGGAGUCACAUCCUUCAAGAGGAAGUACCCUGAUAUGGAGAGAAGAGACUUGUCCCACAAAGAGAAGCUUUACCUGCGUGAACAGAACGUCAUUACCGAGACACAAUGUACUCUGGGUCUGACAGCUCUGCGGAGUGACGAGGUGAUAGAUCUGAUGAUAAAGGAGUAUCCUGCCAAACACUCUGAGUAUUCAGUCAUACUGCAGGAGAGAGAGCGGCAAAGAAUAGCAAAAGAGUACUCUUCUUUGCAGCAGCAGAACCCUCAGAAGGUGGAGGCCAGCAAGGUUCCUGAGUACAUUAAGAAGGCAGCUAAAAAAGCUGCAGAGUUCAACAGUAACUUCAACAGGGAGCGCAUGGAAGAGAGGAGAGCUUACUUUGACCUCCAGACACAUAUUAUCCAGGUGCCCCAGGGAAGGUUCAAGGUGCUGGCUCCAGAGCUGACAAGGACGGGGCCCUACCCUGUGGCUCUCAUACCAGGACAGUUCCAAGACUACUACAAACGGUACUCUCCCAAUGAGCUGCGUUACUUGCCGUUGAACACAGCUCUGUUUGAGCCUCCGCUGGAUCCUGAGCUCCCUGCGCUGGACUCAGAACCAGACUCGGAUGACGCGGAGGAUGGCAAGGAGGACAAAAAGAACAAGAACUCAUCUGACAGUUCUUCAGGCAACACAUCUGAUGUGGAGAGCCAGGAAGGAGGAGGUGGACAUAAGUCCAAGGCCAAAGACAGGACAUCCACGCCAGGCAAAGACGGCAACCAGCGCCAUUCUGCCUCCCACAAAGCCACCCCAGGGUACAAGCCUAAGGUCAUUCCCAAUGCUAUAUGUGGCAUUUGCCAGAAGGGUAAAGAGGCCAACAAGAGGGGCAAACCAGAGGCACUCAUUCACUGCUUCCAAUGUGAUAACAGCGGCCACCCGUCCUGCCUGGACAUGAGCAAGGAGCUGGUGAGUGUGAUCCAGACUUACCGCUGGCAGUGUAUGGAGUGCAAGACGUGCACCGUGUGUCAGCAGCCCCACCAUGAGGACGAGAUGAUGUUCUGCGACAAAUGUGACCGAGGAUACCACACGUUCUGCGUGGGCAUGGACUCCAUACCUACUGGCCUUUGGGUAUGUGAGGUUUGCGACAAAGAUUUCGCCACACCCAAGAAGAAGGGAGUCAAAUCACCCAAGAAGCCCAAGUCGGCACAAAAAUGAUGAACAUCAUUAACCGCGAUACUCUGACCAAACAAAUGCACAUUACGGCACAUGUUCAAUCAUUCCAUUUUUCAGAAGCCAUAUUUUUUUAAAACAUGGGAUCACUGUGAUGAAAAAAUGAACUACAGUGCAGCCAUCCUACCAAAUACUAACACCCCAAACACGAGAUCUUAACCUGCUGUUAGUCUUAACACUAACACUAGAAAACAAACUUAUUGAUCUUUUCUAUGAAAGCUGUGAUGACAUCAGUCAGGCAGGUCUAUAACCUGAAUCACAAUCAGUUGAAAAAAUGUACUUUCCUCCUCAAAACCAAACUUUUAAUUAUAUAUGGGAUUAUACCUCAAAUAUAAAUGCUCAAAAAAACCCCAGAUUAGGCAUCACCUCCAGUCAUCUUACAUUUAUAAUGUUAACAGCCAAACAGUAGAUCAGAUCCAUCUAAAUGUACUGCACUGAAUCCUGUGAUCUGCUAACCACUAACGGUAUCAGUGCAUUCCUACUUCAUCAAAACGACGUAUCUUGUUGUUUCUGUAUCACAGCAUUUCUGGGAAUUUGUUUUAUUUGAACAAACAGUGCUUUUGAUUCGGUGCUACUGAAACAAUCAAGAGCUCACUGAUGUAAUUCAUUUGCUUUGAAAACAUUUUUUUGUAUGGUUUUGUAUUUUUUCUGGUAUUUUUGAUUAGAAUUAAUUUAAAACGGCAGGCCAGUACAGAGCAAUCUUAUUUAAACCAAGUGUUGUCUUAAAUAAUGACAUGGUGCUUGUUAUGUGUGUAAUGUAAUAGACACUGGCUGUGAUCGACCUCACGGCUGCAGCAGCUGUUUGUGAGAUGUGCGAGUCUUGAUGACUGAAACAAAGUGUUUCACUUUACGUUUAUUGAUUUUGCGGUCAACCUUCCACUAUUUAAUUAUUUUACAAAAAAGUAACCACUCAUUGUAGCGGAAUUAAAAUGAAUAUCCAUCAGCUAUGAUUAGUCAACUGAUAUUUUUGCAGCGGGCUUGAAAUAUUAUUUGUUCCAGUUAUUAUUAUUAUUUUUUGUAUUUCUUUGUUUUAUAUUCUCCCUCAGUGAGCAGUUUGUUUAAGAAAUAUUUGUUUUGAAUAAUGUCAUAGUCACUGAAUUAUGAAGUGUUUUUUCAAUAAAAGCUUCUUUAAAAAGA